AUGACUGUUCCACAACCUCAUCCAGUUGCCACGGCUUUACCGGAUGCUCCACCAUUCGACUUCUUCACUCCCCUUCAAUGGGACGUACUCUUUGCACUCGUCGAUGGUGUUUUGCCUUCCAUCACCUCCGAGUCUGCUGUAACCGACGAGCAGGGCCAGAUCCAGCUACCCGAUCAUGAGAUCGACCAUGUCCUAGAAACGAGCACAAAGUCCUUGGCUGCUCCAGCCACAAGGGACAAUAUUCGUGCCUUUCUCCAGGAUAGGCCUGCCUAUGACGAGCGCGUCAGGGAGAACAUCAUGAGGACUUUGGCUUUCUCCCCUCCAGCGCAACAAAAACGUUUGGCCGGUUUAUUAAGUCUAAUGUCCUACUUUAUCACUGGCUACUGGCAGCCAAUAUACAACCAGCCAGCCCAUGUCCGCGAAGCCAUCAUCAAAUCAUGGGCCACCUCCCCUCGCGAGCGCUGGUCAGCAUUAGCCAAAACGAUGUCAUCGCUCUCCUUCAAGUCAUAUGCGCAGACUAGCUCACUACUGUCCCAGCUGUCGGGCUACUCAGAUACGCCCCAGCAUUGGCAACCGAAGCAAUCGUUCGAUUACAGCUUCAUACAAAUCGAGGCUGGUGAUGAACCACAUGUCAUCGAGACCGAUGUUGUCAUCGUCGGCUCUGGCUGUGGUGGAGGCGUGUCUGCCAAAAACCUAGCAGAGGCUGGUCACAAGGUUCUCGUCGUGGACAAAGCCUAUCAUUACCCUGCUAAACACCUCCCCAUGUCACAAGAAGCAGGCUGCGCUCAUUUGUUCGAUAGUGGUGGUUUCAUCACGACAGAAGACUCUGGGGCGACGGUGACUGCCGGCAGCGCCUGGGGUGGAGGAGGCACAGUCAACUGGAGUGUAUGCCUCAAGCCCCAGGGCUUUGUGCGAAAGGAAUGGGCAGACUCUGGGCUUCCCCUCUUCACAUCUCCUGCAUUCGACGAGAGCUUAGACCGCGUGUGGGAGUUUCAAGGGGCUGGCACUGAUCAAAUACGCCAUAAUCACCGCAACAAGGUCCUUCUCAAUGGCUCGAGUAAGCUCGGGUGGGCGUCAUCUCCCGCUCCUGUCAACACGGGUGGCAGAGAGCACUUUUGCGGCCAGUGUCAUCUGGGCUGUGGCCUAGCUGAGAAGAGAGGUCCAGCCACGAGUUGGCUGCCGGAUGCCGCCAAAGCCGGUGCACAAUUCAUGGAAGGAUUUCAGGUGGAUCAGGUCAUGUUUGAUGCUGAUGGACAGACUGCCAUUGGUGUUGAAGGGGACUGGCUUUCGAGGGAUAGCGAAGGAGGCGUGAGUGAUUCAGUUGGUGACAGAGUCAAGAGACGGGUCGUAGUCAAAGCCAAGAAGGUGAUCCUUGCGGCCGGCUCAAUCUGGAGUCCGGUCGUUCUCAUGAAGAGUGGCAUUACUAACCAACAUGUGGGAGCUAAUCUGCACAUACAUCCUUGCAACUUCGUCACAGCAGUAUACAAGGAAGAAACCAGGCCUUGGGAGGGAGGCAUCAUCACAAGCUACUCUUCGGAGUUCGAUAACACCGACGGUAGUGGCUAUGGAACCAAACUGGAGACUACAUGCAUGGUGCCGUUUACCAUUAUGUCUCAACCCUCAUGGCUGGGCGGCUUGAAUGCAAAGCUUCAUAUGACGAAAUACCGUCACAUGGAUGGCUGGAUCUCAUUGACGAGAGACCGCGAUGGAGGCAGGGUCUUUCCAGACCCAUCGACUGGCCGACCUCGCAUUGACUAUACUACCUCAGACUAUGAUCGAGCCCAUACCAUGCAGGGUGUGGAAGGUUUGGCCAAGAUCUGCUAUGUCACGGGAGCAACUGAGAUACGCCCUCUCCUCCCCGGUCUGGAAUCCUUUAUCCGCGACGGAGAGUGCUCGUCGGAGCAUUCCCUGGACUCCAAGGGACCAGUGGCCGACCCAGAGACCAGCGACCCAGCCUUUGCCGCCUGGCUCGCCCGCCUGCGUGAAGUGGGCAACAAACCGCCAACGACAACAUGGGGCUCGGCCCAUCAGAUGGGCACGUGCCGUAUGAGCGCAAGCAGGGACGAGGGCGUGGUGGACGAGAAGGGUCGGGUCUGGGACACAGAGAAUCUGUACGUUGCAGACGCGAGCGUAUUUCCCAGCGCAAGUGGCGUGAAUCCCAUGAUCACCAUUAUGGCCAUUGCGGAUUGGAUAUCGCGCGGCGUGGACGCAGACCUCAGGGCGUGA